GCCCACUCCUCCAGCACAUGGGAUGGUUGGGUAGUUCGUCAAAGCGCGCAGCCGCUCCGCCUCCAAGACGUCGUGGAAGAAAGGAUCCCAGACGAGAGGCUGCAUUUAAAAGACAAUCAGUUUAUGUAUUUUAUAGUUCACAUGGAAGAGAUUUACCGUAGAGCCUGCUGAGCUUAUGCGUUUCUGGAUUUCGGGGCUGGGACGGUGUGAACGCGCCGCCCCGUGUGCGCAAAAGGAGCAGCGCGUCAAAGAAAUCAGGUUUCUCUGGGCGGCUUGUGUUUACACAGGAGCCAUCCAAAGCCACGUUUUUAGCCAGGAACAGUGCACAGGAGUGUUCAGCGUUUGACUCUCUGUCCGUGCAAACAUCGGAGCCGAGCAGGGACCCCAGCUGCGAAUACGUGGCCUUAUAAGUCGGUUUACUUGAAGCCCCUGAAGGAAAAGCUGCCGUCGGAAGCGUUUUUUUGGGGGUUUAUUAUGGAGAGCUGCAGCUGAUCGAGGGGGUGAGCACAUGUCCUGCAUGUAGCUAAAGCGUGUCGUUGUGUGAACUUUAAGAAUGGAAACUGUUGCAAAGUAACCACAACUGUCCUCGGCAGCGGGGAAUGGUAUACGAAUAGCAAUAUCUUAUAUCUGAAAGUAGCAUUUAGUCGCUGUCAUCGAGUGUGACAUGGAGAUCCAGGAGGAGAAGACAGAGCGGAGGUUCGCCCUGAGUUACAUCGGCUGGUCGUCGCUCGACAGGCGGGCCACCCUGCCCAUGCUGCCGUGGCUGGUGGCCGAGAUCCGCCGGAGGAGCGAGAAGGGCGACUGCGGCCCCAUGAUGCAGCCCAGAGAAGUUCAGCUGGUCCUGUGUCCCCCCUUCGUCCGAUGCGUCCCGUCCAGCAGCAACAACUCCUCAGUGUUCAUAUUCGAGCACAAAGCGCAGCUCAUCACGCGAUUCAUCCACAACAGCAACGACCUCACCUACUUCGCAUAUCUGCUCCGGGGCCAACCGGACAAUCCCGAGGCAGAGAUGUCCUGUCACGUCUUCAAAGCUGCAGAUCCCAACCAGGUCCCAGAGGUAAUCACCAGUAUUCGCCAAGUCUCCAAAUCAGCCCUAAAGGAAGAUGCCAAGCCUAAACAGGAAGGAGACGAGGCCUUCUACAACUCACAGAAGUUUGAAGUGCUUUACUGUGGCAAGGUGACAGUUUGCCACAAGAAGGCUCCGUCCACCCUCAUCGAUGACUGCAUCGACAAGUUUCGUCAGCAUGAGAUUGAGCGCAAGCGCCUGAGACUGCUCAACGGUCAGCGGGGCUCCACAGAAAAUGCCCCGGUGGAGAUUCUAAUGGGGGCAGAAGGAGACCCGCUGUCCUCCGCUCUGAAUGAGAGCACUGAGGACUCUGCAGCGGUGGAGGACUUGACCACAGGUGGAGGUCAAGGCCUGACCAGCAGCGCCAGUCAGAGCAGCCUGCGAGGAGCGUUCCCCGAGUGCAUCCUGGAGGACUGUGGAUUCGAGGAGCCUCAGGAGUUCCGCACUCGCUGCAGCAGCCUGGCAGGGAGUCUGCAGAGGAAGCCAGGGGAGGGGGUCAUCAUGGGUCCCACGCGACGCAGACAUGCCAGCGCUCCGAACCACGUUCAGCCGUCUGACGCAGACAAGAACCGCACUAUGCUCUUCCAGGUUGGCCGUUUUGAAGUAAACCUCAUAAGUCCUGACAGUAAAACAGUGGUGCUGGAGAAGAACUUCAAAGAUAUCUCAUCCUGCUGUCAGGGUAUCAAGCAGACCGAUCAUUUUGGAUUCAUCUGUCGGGACCAAUCGGAGGCUGGCCCCAGUCACUACAUGUGCUUCGUUUUCCAGUGUGCCAGUGAAUCCUUGGUGGAUGAGGUGAUGAUGACCCUGAAGCAGGCCUUCACCACCGCAGCAGCCUUACAGAGCAACAAGACUCCUGUCCAGCUGUGUGAAGCCUGCCCCAUGCACGACCUGCACAAGCUCUGCGAGAGGAUUGAAGGUCUCUACCCACCUAGAGCGAAGCUAGCCAUCCAAAAAUAUCUCUCCCAGCUGACUGACAAUGAGCAGGCUGAGAUUUUUGAACGAGUUCAGAAACUGAAGCCUGGGUCAGACCAGGAAGAAAACGAGCUGGUGAUUCUCCAGCUGAGACAGCUCUGUGAAACCAAACAAAAGUCCCACCUCCACAUUGGAGAGGCCCCUCAGAAUGCCGCAAACAGCUCGUCGGCAGGAGACGGCACAGCCACCAGCAGUCGCUUCAAACUUGAUAUUCUCAAGAACAAAGCGCGCACCUCCCUCACCAGCUCUCUGGAGAACAUCUUUGCAAGGGGUGCCAGCCGAAUGCGAGGCCGUUUGGGAAGCAUGGGAAGCAUGAGCAGUUUUGAAAGACAGGAUGAGGAAUCUCCUGGACACUCCCCUCCAGGUUCGCCUCCGGCCUUCCCUGACGACGACCCGGAAGACGGAGUGCAGUUCCGUCGGCGAGCCCACACCUUCAGCCAUCCACCAGUGAAGAAGCGCAUCUCCUUCGAGGGCCAGUCGAUCAGCCAGAGCAAACAGGCGCCUCUUCGUAGACAACAGUCUGUUAACCCCGAACUGCUGCAGAACAGUCCCGUGGCCGUUUCGAGAACGCGCAGUGUUUCCGAGAGCGAGUCGUCCUUCAGCGUCCCCUCCUCCUUCUCUGCCCCCACUUUCCUGAAAAGCUUUUACCAGGGCUCACUGGGCUCCCUCAGCUCCCUGGCAGACAGUGGGAGCCUCAAGAGCAAUGGGGAAGGCAGGAAGAGGACCCUGUCCGGCUGCAGCAGCGACUCUUUGAGCCUCCCUCCCACCCCACGCAGGGUCUCCUGGAGACAGAAGAUCUUCCUGAGGGUGGCGUCACCCGUGAACAAGCCAUCUGCAUCCAUGCAGCACACAGACCACUCUGAUGCCAGGGAGCUGCUGCCUCUCUCACCUCGUGCCUUGGACUCAACUCUGGACCAUUUGGGGCGCCUGUUGCCCCCAGCAGGUGACCCCCUGUCUAAAGAGAGACCUAAAAAGAUAGCGGCUGAAUACCGGGCCCUCUGGAAAACUGCCAUCCACCAGCAGAUCCUGCUGCUGCGCAUGGAGAAGGAGAACCAAAGACUAGAGGCGAGCCGAGAUGAGCUGCACAUCCGCAAGAUGAAGCUCAACUACCAGGAAGUGAGCCAGUGCUCCAAAGAUUCACAGGCAUUGUGGGAGAGAAAACUGACAGCCCCAGGCCGAACGACGGUCCCACAAGACCAGGAGGAGAUGUAUCGCGCUCUCUGCCAAGGGGUUCCAAAGAGCAGGCGUGGGGAGGUCUGGUUGCUUCUUUCCCAUCAGCACCGGCUGCAUCACAGACUGCCUCAGCGGCAGCACGCCCCCGACACCCCCUACCAUGACCUGCUGAAGCAGCUCACUGCACAGCAACAUGCCAUCCUGGUGGAUUUAGGCCGGACCUUCCCCACUCACCAGUACUUCUCAGCUCAGCUCGGCGCUGGGCAGCUUUCCCUCUACAACCUGCUGAAAGCCUACUCUCUGCUGGACACAGAGGUCGGCUACUGCCAGGGGAUCAGCUUCUUGGCCGGGGUGCUGCUGCUCCACAUGAGCGAAGAGCAGGCUUUUGACAUGCUGAAGUUUCUCAUGUAUGACCUCGGCAUCAGGCGGCAGUUCAAACCCGACAUGGUCUCCCUGCAGAUUCAGAUGUACCAGCUCUCCAGGCUGUUGCACGACUACCACCGUGACCUCUACCACCACCUGGAGGAGCACGAGAUCUCCCCGAGCCUCUACGCGGCGCCGUGGUUCCUCACCCUCUUCGCCUCGCAGUUUCCCCUCGGCUUCGUGUCCCGCAUCUUUGAUUUUGUGUUUGCACAGGGGACCGAGGUGAUCUUUAAAGUGGCCCUCUGCCUCCUGAGCAGCCAUGAGGGGGAAAUAGUGGAGUGUGACAGCUUUGAGAGCAUCGUGGACUACCUGAAGACUACACUCCCCACCCUCACUCAGACACAGAUGGAGCAGACCAUCGCCAAGGUAAUGGAGAUGGACAUCUCAAAGCAGCUGCACGCAUACGAAGUGGAGUAUCAUGUCCUGCAGGAUGAGUUAUUGGAUGUCGGACCGCUGCCCGAUGACUCCGAACGACUCGACAGACUGGAGAAGACAAACACACAGCUGAAGAAACAGAACAUGGACCUGCUGGAGAAACUUCAGUCUGCACGGCAGAAGAUUCAGACGCUGGAGACGAGCGUGGAGAACUUCCUUUCUCGGGAGAGCAAAAUGAAGCACAUGAUUCGCUCUCUGGAGCAGGAGAGGGCAGCUUACCAGAGGACCAUUGAACGCAUGCGCUCGUGCCUUCCCCCUGACGCCCUGACAGAUGUGGAGAUGACCCAGAUCAAAACAGGACCCAACGGGAAAGCCAAAACUGCAGCCAAGAAGCCCUGAUGGUAACCAGGGGGCCGGCUGCUCUGGGCAGACGCACAGGCAGAGACUGAAGUGAACAAAUGGAGACGUGCUUUGUGGAAGGCUGAGGAGCUCCUCUGCAUUGUUGUACUGCUGUACAAGAACAUUUUGUAAAUGUCUGGACUUGAGACGUGCAGGCUGUAUGGGGAAAAAUCUACGUGAUAUUUGUCAGCAGAUAACAGAGUGGUGGGAGGAUGGCUUCGGUUAUAUUAGCAAACAGACUGUUCCCGGAGUGCAUCAGAGCUGCUGUUUGUUCUCAUCCGUUUCACUGCCGCUUUGACGGUGAGAUCAAGAUGCACAUCAUCCUUCACCAUUCAGAUCUUUUAGGUAAUCACAGGGGAAUUUUUCUAGAUUGACAUGAGUGAGAGAUGUGUCUGUCUCUGCGAAUCUUUUUCGAGCACUGCCUUGAUGUGUUUACUACCAGUAGCACCACAACAGUAGUGAACAGAAGGUGCCUGUUGGCAAACAAUCCUUUGGACCUCAGGGUCAACUUAUAGCCAUCACCAGUGUGUGUGAUCCUGGAGUGGAGCCUGCAUUGUUUGUGUUUUUUUGAACUCGUGUCUGCGAUGGAAGCUUGGCCUCAGGCUGGUUACGUUGCUUUGUUAUUUCCCUUUAUUCACUUGAAUUUCUGUGAAUGUAAUUUCCCUCCAAAGAUCAUUGUGAUAGGAUUCUCCUUUUUUUUUCCACCGCAAAGACGUCUGGGCACACGUCUGCCAUAUCAGGCUUUCGUUUUCAGCAGUACUAUAGUAUCUCGUUGCUCAUCUCUCAGCACUGCCUUUACGUGAGAGAUCUUUAGUGCUUGCACUUGCCGCUUUGUGAGGAGGAAGUGUUUCUUCCAGGCAAGCUAGGGCAGGAUGUGAGGUUGUCUGCCUUCUCUGUUUCCUGUGUGACUGACCGCGGUGGCGCCUCCUUUUAGCGCUAUGUUGAGACAGUGAGGCAGAGUUCAAGCUGCCCAGGAGGCACCCAGUAACAGACUGAGGUGGGGGAGUGAUCUGAAUGUACAUCACAUGCUUCUGUUCCAGAAGCCUGCAUGACAAUGUUGUUUUUGUCAGAGCGGGCAACAACCUCUGCUGUCAUUUUGAAACAGAAGUAGGUGUUGUUUGGCUCAAGAUUUCAAGACAACACGUACCUGCAGAUGCAUUGCAGUUAAAUAGCACUUGAGUUUCCUUUUUUGAAGCGGGGGGGGGGUCUCCUCUGAUAUCGGUGUUAGCAAAUACAGUAUAAGCACACGGUGUGCAGUGAGCUGGCUCCAUACAGUAACUGUAUGGACAGACAGUGUAUAUGAGUUCAAAGUGAUGUCCCUGGCUCCCUCCUCAGUAUUGUUUUUGUACCACCUCCGUGUCUGAGUCACCAUCAUCGUUUCUGAUUGAAAGCAAACCAGUCCUGAGCUUGACUUCACUUUCAGAAAACACCCUUACAAUAAAACCAAGGUGAUGUCGUCUGUCAGGAAAAAAGUACUUACUUGCAGAGUCAAUCAGUCUUCCUGUCCUUGGUGACAAGUUGUGGUGACACAUUUGUGUCUGUUUCUGUGUAAAGUUUUUAUUCCCAAACUUUGGUCCAGAUGGACACAUCUUUCAGCAGACAAUGCAAUACGUUUAUGUUUAUCAGUCCUGUGCCGUUGCGCAUACCCGGAGCACUUGUCGACUUUUUGCUAAGCUACAAUGGCUAAUUCACACAAGACUUGAUAGGUUGAUAAAUCCAGCCUGACGUUCCCUGUCAGUGGGAAACGUUCUUCUGGUAAUUGAGGUGACAUUGUUAAAGUUUGCACCAAACUUCUCAUGCAUAAUAGAGAAAUAGUCACCUCUAAACAGCAGGGAUUCUCGCAGCAGUUCAGCAAAUGCUACAUAUCAUUUUAAAAGCUGCUGACGGAAACGUAGGAUUCAAUUCUACGCAGCUUUCCUGCCUCUCUUUGGCUGUGUUUUGCUUCACUCCAGUAUUUGUGCAUCUUAGAAACAGACCGUUGAACCAAAGAUGUGCUUGUUUUCCCAAAAAUCAAUGAAUGAAUGAAUGAAUUUAACCCAAAAUGCAGCGAUGUAUUACACCUUAUUUCACUACGUCUGUUCAGCUUUCUUUAGGUUUCUACAAAGACAACAGCUUGAACCGAUACCAAAUGUUGGUAGUUAAAACUUGACCUGUUUUUUUUCCUCAUGAUGUUGUGGUGUUUAUUUCUUGUGCCAAAACUUUAAGAUAGCCUUUAUAUCUGAGUUAAAAGACCAUUUUUUUCACUGUAAAGCACAUUGGUCGGUAAAGAGUCUUUAUUUUACAUCAGGUGCUCUGAUUCCUGACUACUAAGAAGUGCUUGUAUCACUGUGUUUCAACAAAAGGCUGUCAACAUGAGGGCUACACAGAAACAAAGGAGCUGUCAUGAAUUCUUCAAUAAACCUCACCUUGCCUUGUUUUCUGUCUA